GCGCGCAGUAGAUUAGAUGUCAGACUAACUGACAAACGUUAAUUUAGUUCAAUGGAUUGUCCCCGUGUUGUUUAGUUGGAUUUGAUGUUGUGCAAAAAUGUGGUUGUCAAACAAAACAUGGACUUUCAACGUUAGGAUAUUUCACACGACAAAUCAUGACCGAGUCAUUUGAGGAUGGCAAUUACUUGGUGCGCGUGCGUGCACAGGUGAUGUCAAGGGAUGAUAGCUCAGGGGGCUGGGUUCCGCUGGGAGGUGGGGGUCUCAGUAACGUAUCGGUACGAAAAAGGCCCCGGCCCUCCCCAUCUACCGCCCCUGGGCCCGAUCCUGCCAGCAAACCCAAACAUGAUUACCUGAUUUAUGGAAAAAGGAUAAGUGAUCAAUCGAUUGUAUUAAGUUGCACCAUCAAAAAAGACUUUGAAUACAACAAAGUUAUGCCAACUUUUCAUCACUGGAAAACAGGGGACAAAAAAUUUGGACUCACAUUUCAGACGGCUGCCGAUGCUCGAGCUUUCGACAAAGGAGUUCGGACCGCUGUUGAGGAACUGCUGGACGGAUUCCUACAUGGUUUUGCCGAAACCUCUCCUUCAUCACUGCUACAAAAAUAUUCGAAAGAUGUGGACGACGACGUGUUUAUGACUCUGAAUCUUCCACAUGAACCCAAAGAUUCCCGCAGUUCCAGUGAUUCAAGCUCGAAAGGUACCGAACAUCUACAAAGGGUUAACUACAUAGGACGCGACAAACCUCUCGAACCUCGGCAACCCACUUAUGAUCCGAUCAAAGGUGGUGACAAAGUGUUUGUCCCAGGGGAGAACUAUUCAUACGUGCAACUGACCGCCGUGCACGAGUACAUCUACCCUGUGGUGGAGGAGCAGCACAAGGUGUCGAUCGGGCGUCGCGAGUCCGGUUCGAGUUUGAAAAAAUGCAGUCCGGAACUGUCGGCCCAGCAGCCCCCUCUCCCCCUGAAAUCCAAACCGAAAAAACCGCCAAAGACUCAAAUCCGCUGUAGACAUUGCCACGAGUUGUACUUUGAAGACAAAAACCCGAAAGGGUCCUGUGAAUACGCCCCGGACUGUAUAAAAUCAUCGAUAAACACGAUCACUUGCAUCGGUUGUGCGCAGUGCAUUUGUUAUCAUUGUGCGGCGGACGCUGAGGGCGACUUCGCCCAACACCCCUGCGAGUGCACCAACGAAGAGAACUGCUCCAAGCGCUGGGUUUGUCUCACGGUCUUAUCCAUUCUCGUGCCGUGUCUGUGGCUCUACCCUCCGCUGAAGAUCUGCCACUGGUGCGGCAUCAGAUGCGGCAUGUGCGGGGGCAGACACAGCAUGUGAUCCAAAACACAUUAUAUUUUACGAUAUUAGUUUUACUUGCUCUUUAAGCACACAAAUUUAUUUUUUAUAUGGAAUUUUUUUAUUUAUUUAAUCUCCAGAUUUCAUAUUAUAUAGAUUAAAAACGUCUGUGAUUUAAUAUAAGCAUUUCAUAGUAUUAGACGAUCAAGGUUCUGUUCGCUUGGAGGAGUAUAUCUUGUUUUACCAAUAGCUUUAAAAUUGAUAUCGUAAAGUAACGAGUGAUGUUUAAAAACAGUAGUGCUCAACAAGAAGGGUUGUGAACACUGAAAUGAACAAAGUGUCUCCACACUUAAUGUAAUGUUACAAGACUGUUCAUUUAUACAUUUUUUAACUGUCCUCAUUACUCUCUGUUGAACGUUUUAACCUGAUAUUCUUUACACAGCACGAGUCUCUUAAAAGCAUAUUCCAACUUCAAAAAAAAUACAAUGAAGUCCGGCUAUAACGUACUAUUGUUCAAGCACCAAAAAUUUGUCUUUCUUUAAGUUCACCAAAAUUGUUUUUGGAAAGAAAAUCAAAAUAACACCACUGAUUUAAUAAUUAUGUAAAUAAAUUACAAUCACAAACACAUGAUAUCUAAAUUUAUCAGAUCGGUAAAGAAAGGAGCUUAAAAAUAUUGGCCACUUUUAAUUCAACAAAAAAAUUCAUAACUCAAGAACUAAAGGUCGUAGAGCAAAACGGCUUAUUCCAGUGAACUUUGUGGCUCAUUUUACGUUGAUAUACCAGCUUUUUUUUACAAAACUAUCUCACUCGAGAUCUUCAAAAGAAUAUGUUUAAACUUGAAAAUGGUGGAUGCGCUGGGCUAUUUUUAUUUAUAACUUAAAAACUAAAAGUCAUACAGCAAAACGGUUUGCUCCAGUGAAUUUUGCUACUCAUUCUACGUAAUGUACCAGCUUUUUUACUACACUAGUACACGAGAACUUAUUUAAAAAAAUGGCAACUUGAAAAAUGGUGGAUGCGCCGGGUCAUUUAAAAAAAAUCAUAACUCAAAAACUGAAAGUGUUAGAGCAAAACGGUUUGUUUCAGUGAAUUCUGUGGCUCCUUUUACGUUAUAUAUUAGCUUUUCACAAGAUUUUUUAAUUAUUUUUUACCAAAAAUUUUCGUUAACACAACCUAUCUUCAAUUUCCACAAAGUUGAUAAAAGGGGAGAUUUUGGUGCAUUUUCUAAGUUUGUUACAACCGUACAGCAACACAGUGUGAUACACUUUUAAGAGACGCGCCCUGUAAUCGUCAUUGCAUUUAUCCCCGAAAUUAUGUUGUGGCCUUGUGUAUGUUCCCAUCUCAUUGGUUCAGAGAAAUUGUUAACGAACUUAACGCCAAUCUAUGUACCCUUGAAUGGUCGCCACUUACAUGAAUGGUACUAGAACGUACUGCCGAUAGUUGUAAAUAAAGGCAUCAUAGUAAUGACAAUAUUUAACAAGCAGUCAAAUCACGACCUGACGACAGGAUGUGAGAUGUCUAUCCGUUGUCGAAUAUCACUAAAGAAAUUAAUGUUUUAUAUCAUAGAUUACAAUACCGCCCAAGGAGCGGUGUUUUAACACGGGAGAAACAAGCGUUGAACAAUCGUUUUGUUGAAGGCUUGUUUUCGAUUAUUAUACCUAAUAAAUAACGUUUUCAUUCUCCUAAAUUUUUAUUAAAAUUUCAAAUUUUUUCAAUAAUGUGUAAUAUAUUUAACGUUAAAUGUGUCCAGGGUCCCAAUAUUAUGGAAGAAAUUUAUAACCAAAUCGUUACGAAUAUUGCUAACAAGUUUAUAACGAUUUGUCUAUCGUGUAAAGAGAUAUAUUUUAAACUGGCAACAGUUUGCAAGCACUCACCAGAACUCCUUGUAAAAUUGACUCCACUUACCCAAGGGCUCAGGGUGGGUGUUGUUCAUUUUUACAAAAAUAAAUCACACAUUGCAUUGUUAAUCGGUUUCUCAAAGUGGUGGUUGCUCGUGAAUUGUUGGAGUUGUAAAAUGUUGGAAUCGACCAACUUUGAUUACAACAUUUUACCCGUACAAAUUCACUUUGUUGUGAAAUAUGCAAUCGAGUAGAACUUGAUUACAUAGUUUUAAAUGGUCAGUGUAAUAUUUGUAUAUAUGUUAAAGUAUGGCUUGUAUUGAAACAGAAUUGUGUGAAUGAUAUUUUAAAUAUAUAAGAAUAAUAAUAAAACAAUAUGUUACUAA